AUGUUUCCACCGUCCGACUCGAUUGGCCAUCAGAAUCUCAAGCUCGCUGAGUUUGUCACAAACCUCCAGAGCCAAGCGCCGCUGCCUGCGCCGCCUCCACCAUACAUUGCCUCGCAUUCCAACAUCGAUUUGUUUGACGAUGACGAAGACGAUGAGACACUAGCCCUCCCACCGAUCGUGUUGAAAAUCGACACUUCUAUCACCAUCGAGGGCCAAGAAAACACUGUUGCGAUUCCAAGCUCGGUUGAUGGAGGAAAUCCGAUCGCAGCUGAAGCAACAACCCAGGCACAGCCAUCGAGCACCAGUGCCGGCGCUAUGCAGCAGCUACAGCAACAACGGCAGGCUAAAUCAGCCCAGAUCGCCUCAUCGGUGGUAACAGCAUUGAAAGCUUGCGGCGUCCUAGACGAUAUUGAUAGCGGCAAGACGCGACCUAUAGAAAUUAAUAUCGAUGCUGGCAUUCACAUCAAAGGAGCUAAAAACGUGGUAUGCUCUGGGAUGAGAAAACGCCUGGACGCCACGACUUUGUCGCCGUCAGCUCUUGUAACAGACAUUCCCCUUGCCGGCCGCAAACGUCGAGUUCAAUCAGAGCCUCCUGAACAAAAAAGCAGCAAAAGAGCGCAGACCAUGCAGGAUAAAAACCAAUGA